AUGAUGGUAUGGCAAAAGGAAAGUGAGUCAAGGGUGGUGAGCUCUAUCUCUCAUCGCUCUUGAUCAUUUGAGAAAAUAAAUAUGUCAAGGCUCUUUUUAAAGCUUUGUAUCGAUGCUGAAAUCGCAGCAUCUGCAGGGAGAACAUCGCAUGGUUUGACCACUCGAACAGAGAAGGAGAACUUCCGUACAUCCAGCUUUGCCUGCUGAGUGCGCAAUUUAAGCGGGUGACCGUGGAGGCUGCUCGUGGUAGCAAAUUCGAUAAAGUCCUCAAAGACCAGGCUGUAAUCCAACUCCUUCACUAUGCGCAAUGCUUGCACGAGAUCCCCGCGAAGUUGCUUAAAACUCAAGGGGAAGAGGUUCAGAUUUAUUAAGCGGGUAGCAUAGGGGAAUGAGCUUUGACCCCUAACAGUCUUCGUGGAUCUCCUCUGAACUCUUUCGAGGCAACUUUGAUUUUGAAUUGCCCACGGCUUCCAGGCUUGUAUGCCGUAUUCCAAGUGCGGCCGCACGAAUGAUCCGAAAGUAUUUGAGAAAAGGUCUUCGUCAAAAUCCAUAAAUGCUCGCUUGGUAGUAUACAGUACGGACAUUGCGUUUUCUGCCACUCUCGAACAAUGAGAGGAUGGUUUUAAUGAAUUCGUCGUCAGCGCACCGAGGUCCUUUUGGGCCUGGACGUCUCGUAAUGCUGCACUGUCCAGAAAGUAGUCUCCUGUGCUGGCGAAUAUGGCUGUGUUGUUUACGCGAAGUAUGAUACACUAACCAACGUGGAAUUGCUGGAAGCAACGGUUUGACAAUUCUUCUUACCCUUUAAGGUUCAUCUACAGUCUGUCUUCGUCGGCAGUGCCCCAAUUACAAUCCAUAUCUUCAUGUCGUCGGCAAACAUUGCUGCUUCAUAGUCAAAGCUCUUGCGGCAUCGUCCACAUAUAUUAGGAACAUAAUCGGUCUUAGUACUGAACCCUGGGGAACACCACUCUCGAUGAUAGCAGGAUCUGAUUUACCUUGACCGAUGUACACAAUCUGCUGUUAACGCGCAAGGAAUUUUUUGAUCCAUUUGAGAACACUGCAUCUGGUCCUGAUUUUUAAGCUUGUAUAACAGUUUCUGGGGUGCCACAGUGUUGAACGCCUUCUGGAUGUAAAUGAAAGCCAUAUGGACCGCGUGGCUGUCGUCUAGAGCUCUGUCAAGCUCUUGAAAGAUUGCAGCCGAUUUGUCGUUCAGGUUCUUCCCUUCCGGAACCCAUAUUGGCAGUUCGAUAGCAAAUCGUGAACUUUCAGAAAUUGCACCAAUUCACUCUUCAUGAUCUUCUCCUUAACUUUGCGGAGAAUUACUGAAGAUAGAGGGGUGCUCACUGAUAGUUUUUACCGAAUUCACUCAUUGACAAGUUCUUUGAGAAGCUUGGGUGGGAUCUCGUCUGGUUCUGGGGACUUCGGUUCGUUCAAUACCUUAUAUUCUCUGCGGACAAUAUCAUCUAGGGAGAGUAUGUUACUUAUGUUCCUAUCAAGGUUCCUUUGGGUUCAAUAUUUUCGUAGAAGUUUAUCCUACCAUCGCUCAGUUGGUGUGUUCGGGAUGUACGGAAAUUCAGGAUGAUCUUCAUUUGACAGCAGCGAGGAACUCAAAGAAAAUAUGAUUGUGUUUAACUCAUAACAGCAUAUUCAUCCCGAUUAUAUUGGGGUGACGGAAUAGACAGGCGUUCUUCUUUUCUUGAGUACUUGGAAUAAGAAAGGCGUGUUUUCAUUAACUAUUUUGAUUGCAGCCGUGUUUGAUUAACAGGCGGGGGGCUGUACCGCCAUCAUGGACGUCCGCCGGAGGGUGAAUCCUGCAGAAGACGUCGCCUUUCUAAAUCGGACUUAUUCUUCGCUUACUUCAGAUAGCCAAGAAACCAGUUCAAUUGAGCCGACUAGCCCGCAUUUGGCCGUUUCGAUCAUUCACUGGCUUGUCAUACUGUGUGUACUGCUUGUCUUGAUCAUUACUGUCCCCUACGCAUCACAGGAGUGCUUUCUUUCUAACUAUGACUCCAAUGUUGGGGAAACAAACUUUUCAUUUAAUAGUGAUGCCGUGCAAAAACAUCUGAACUAUGUUACGGGGCUUGGACCGCGUACAUGUGGGUCUAUCCCUUGUAGGGGUUAAAAGGGUUCUAAAGUGGACAACAGGAGGCAAAGUAGGCAGGGAUUGGGGUGACUAAGGCGAACAGACGAUAAGAAAAUUAUAUAUGGGUGUAAGAAGAAAAAACCGCAUGACCUAACGUGUCCCUAUCGCCGAUUUCGUAGUAUCUCGAAAAAUAGAUAUCGUCUCGAUAUCUAGGCCGCGGACAAAAUCGAUAUAUACUCGAUAUAGGUAUCUCGAAAAUUAGAUAUCUAAUAGAUAUCGUCUCGAUAUAGAUUGCUACUAGGGAAGUGUAUGCGAAAGACUACCUGAUAGCUCAACUUAAGGAUCUGGAGCUCCAAUCAAAGGGAGGUUCUAUUCAGGGAACAUUUGACCAACAAAUCUCCUCCCAUUCAUCAUUCAAGACUCAUUCUCAUAUAACUAGUUACACAAAUUUGUGCAACCUCCUCUUUCGUUUGCAUGACACGCGUUCAAGUAGCCAACAAAAUAGUCGUGCCAUUCUUGUUAACUGUCACUACGAUAGCGCUCCUGGCAGUCCAGGCGCAUCUGAUGCAUUUGUUAGUUGUGCCAACUCCUUAGAGGUCAUACGCGUUCUACUUAAAGUGAGGACGGUGUUACUUCAUGAUGUUAUUUUCCUUUUCAAUUCUGCAGAAGAGUCCAUCCUGCCCGCCAGUCAUGCGUUUAUCACUCAGCACAAAUGGGCCAAAGAUGUGGCCCUUUUCAUCAAUCUUGAGGGCGCUGGCGCUGGCGGGAAACUUCUGCUUUUCCAGAGUGGUCCUGGUAUGGCCAGUUCGGUUCUCAUUGACAUCUAUUCGAAAGCAACCCGUAGGCCGUCGGCGGAAGUAAUGGCUGAAGAAAUAUUUCAGUUUGGAUUGAUACCCUCAGAUACAGACUUCCGGAUUUUUCGUGAUUACGGCCUGAUACCCGGUCUUGAUCUUGCUUACAUCGCGGAUGGCUAUUCGUAUCACACGCGCCAUGACGUACAGGAACGUAUAUCUGCUGCCUGCCUUCAGUUAGCUGGCGAAAAUCUUCUCAGUCUAAUUCAUACCAUGGCUACCGAUCCACGUAUAACUCAUCUUCCAAAGCUUGAAAGAGCUCCUACCCAGCCUCAAAUGUUGGAGUCCAAUGUAUCGCCGGAGGGUAGCCUGGGCAGCAUUCACGAUUCGCCAAGCGUCGGGCGACGACCAGAUUCUUCACGCUACGUUUAUUUUGAUGUUUUGGGCUCGUUCAUGCUGAAGUACCCCUGGUGGCUUGGACGUAUUUUGCAUUCCGCUGUGUGUCUUUUUGUAUUAUCAUGGAUUCUUUUGCCUCGGAAAGUCCUACGUUGCGGAAGGGAUUCAUACAGUGGCCUUAUUCUAGCCUUGCUCAUUCAGACUGCCUUUGUGUUGGGUAGUUUUGUAUUUUUAAUGUCAGUAGGCUAUGCAACGCACUUGUGGGGUUGUCGGAUGACUUGGUUCACAAACCGUUAUAAUAUUUUCGGCGUAUUUUUCCUCCCGCUUUUGACGUUUUGCACAUUUUUUCACACGUCCUUCUGCAAAAUUCCAAACGCGCGCAUGUUUACCUUGUUUCCUUUUCGUACACUUCUUAAAAAUAGUCUGUGGGUCGAUCGUUCCCAGAACCUCCCCCUUCUAUCCUCCGUCCCAUUUGAGCUUGACUUCUUCCAGGCUGCUCUUCUGCUCUUAAAUAUUCUACUGGUUAUCACACUCGCCCUUGAUAGUCCGGCCUCAUACAUUCCUGCCUUUUGGUGCGGGCUUACUUUUGCAUCUCGUAGGGUUUAUUUAAAAUGGGCGUCCGUUUUCGGAGGAAAUCCUGCGCUCAAAUCACUGUUUAUCCUUAUUCCUCCCUUAAUCUUCUUCCAUAUAUCAUCGUGCUCAGUACUUCUAGACGCGUUUAUUCCGAUCUUUGGCCGAGCUGGGCAUUUGAUUAAGCCUGAUGUAACACUAGCUUGUAUCAUUUUUCUUAUUUCAUGGCCGGUUCUCCUCUUCCUCGCCGACUUGUGGCACUUUACAUCUGCUAAAUCUGCUCGCACAAUGCGUUAUCUCCUUGUCAAUGCCUGUAUAACAUUUACUGCCCUGGUUCAUACGUCUCAGAUGGGAUUCCCGUAUGCUAUUCUCCCCGAUAAAAACGCACAUCUCUUUCGGCCGAGUCAACAGCGCGUGGCUGUUUUUCAUGCGAACAGGGCAUUCCGGGACAAUCUAAUGAGUCCAGGCGUGACAAAUAACGAUUCCGGGAUUUUUAUUGUUCCACUGGACACCAACGAAUUUCGAUAUUUUCGUUACCCUCCGUCGUCUACUUUGUCUUCUAACCCAUUUCUACUGCGACUGCAAAAGCUGAUAUCCCAGGGUGUUCGUGACUUUACUGAGUUCCCGGAGUUGUCUGAAUCUCAGCCGUUUAUUUGUCAGAGAGAUCGUCCUUAUUGUGGUAUACCGUUAUUUUAUCCUCUUAUACACGCCUUCAGCACUUUUUUUCUUCUGCCUAGGCAGGCCGAACCCCACAAGUCGAUGCCUGCAGAGCUGCACGUCAUUAAUAGGACCCUUGAAUUGAGAGAGUCCCUGGAAUUAAAUAUGAAUUCUAGUCGUGUCAACCUAACACUUUCUGUAGAUUCAUUUUCUCCCCACACUCAGCUUCUGAUGCGAUUCCAACCAGAAAAUAUUCACCUUGUAAAUUGGUCCUUUGCUCCUGAUGCAGGAUAUCCCCGGCCGGUUCCGAUGCCUGGUCGUUCGCCCUUUGAAAAAGAGGCGUCUCCGCCAUCGGCUCACUACUUUAUCAACCAUUUUGAUCCAUCAUCGGCCACAUCACCCUCGGGGAAAUGGCAAGAACCAUGGGUUUUCUGGCUAGAAUUUGCAGUCAGUUCAGAGUCAUGCAAUGAAGGCUGCAAAAAUUUCGUUGACAUCGCCUUAGUCAGUCAGUACAGCGACGAAAGUGUCCCAAACGGAAGAUCUGCGGCGUUGUUAGAAACGGUCGCCCGUCUACCAAAUUGGACUGUCCCAAUUUCAUGGAUUUCAUCCUACGAACACUGGCGUGUAAAUUUGCUCAAUUUGUAAUAGCGUGGAAGGCUCCUACGAUGUGGUUUCUCUUUCGAAUACAUUGGCUUUUUUAUCUCACUUUAUUUACUCUCUUCCAUUCCUGUUUUUCACAAAAAGACAAUAAAGUUUAUCUACAACUUCCGUUACUUGACCGGUCUGAUCUGCCUCUAGUCAGCUAUUUGAUGUUUACUUUUCUUAAGCAAUGGGCCAUACGAUCCUGCUUGUACAGUCGGCAGCUAAGAAGCCGGAUACGCGUGCCUGGACGGACUAUGAAACAGUUAAUCAGUGUUUGGAAGGUGUUUGCAAGAUCUACGAAGAGCAGCUGAAACGUCAAAACCCCUCUGCCCCAACCAUUACAUACGACAUCUCACAGCUCUUCGAAUUUAUUGACGCCUUAGCAGACUUAAGCUGUUUAGAGUUUCAUGAGGAUACCGCUACUUACGUGCCUCACACCAAACACUGGAUAAAGGAGAACAUUUACCUCCUACUAAGAAACCAGGCCGGACAGUAA